AUGUCUGUUGCUUGGGAGCGUUUGAUUCGAUUUGUCGCCACAGAUGGCCGCACAUUGCUCGGUGAGCCGGUGAUGCCAUCGCCAGACUUCGAUUUGGGAGAUACUACUGAGGAAACUCGUCUCCAAGCUAAAGUGAUCACCGGCUCCGAUAUUUAUGACACCACUGGUGAAACGAGAGUGACAGAUGAGAUUGUGACUGUAUCCAAGCUUCUUGGGCCUUUGACCCCUCAAGAUAUUCCUAUUCUGCGUUGCGUUGGACUGAACUACCUCACUCAUAUCCGCGAGACUGGCCGUUCUACUCCACCCACACCAUCUAUCUUCUUUAAGCCCAAUACGACAGUCACUGAUCACAACGUUAAUGUGAAGAUCCCUAAGAUCGCCCAAGAUGAGCAGGCCGAUUAUGAAGGAGAAUUAUGUCUUGUGAUUGGCAAAGAUGCUAAGGACGUUAGCGAGGCCGAUGCCCUGAACUAUGUAGCUGCCUAUACGGUCGGUAACGACGUUUCAUCCCGUAAACUACAGAUCGACCGUGCUAUUGCCGGUCCGGUUCCUCAGUGGGGAUUCUCCAAGGGAUUCGAUACAUUCGCACCCCUGGGCCCCUGUCUGGUCCGCAGGGAUCUGAUCAAGGACCCCAAUGAGCUGCACUUACAGACUAAGAUUGACGGAGAGCUUCGCCAGGAUGCUCUACUUUCGGAUUUGGUGUUUGGCUGUGCCGCUCUCGUCUCUUAUCUGUCCACGGGCACUACCCUGCAGAAGGGCAGUGUUAUCAUGACAGGUACUCCUGGAGGCGUUGGAAACGGCCUUAAGCCUCCUCAAUUUAUCAAGCCUGGUACUCAGAUGAACAUCAGUGUGUCGCAGAUCGGUACUUUGAAGAAUGGAGUUGAAUUUGUUUGA